GAGAGAGGGGUUGAAAAGAGAGUUGUGGACCUGCAGAAAGUGAGACAGACAGGGAGAAGCAGCAGAGACAAACAUAACACACACAGCCAAUCUGAACACAUAGACAAGCAGGUAUAGGCAGAGGAGCAGACCUGAAACUUACCAGACACUCUCAUUCAACUUCAGACACUCUCUCUCACACACUCAGUCGGCAGCAGCAGCAGCAGCACCAUCAGCAGCAGCAACAUGUUCCGGUGUAGGAUCCCCCAGGCAGUCUCUGUGCUGUUGGCGUGCAUGUGUAUGAUUUUCGCAUAUGAGGAUGACAUCGAUGUCAACUACGGCGACACCUACUACAAUGAAAUCUCAGAUGCAGAGACGCCAGAACCCACGGCGAGUCCAGCCCCCUGCAAUCGAGACGUGACCAAAUGGGACAAAAUGUUUUUGAUGCUGGAGAACAGUCAGAUGAGGGAGAACAUGUUGCUUCAGUAUGCAGAUGACAUCAUCAAGGUGGAGAUGGGGUCACUGCGUGCAGAAAUGCUCAGGUUUGUAGCCCAGUAUGGCGGCUCCUGUGGGGUUGCAGUGGAGACAACAGGAAGAAGGAUGGCCAUGCAGCUGGAGAGCCGCCUCAAAGAUGCCCUGGAUCGCAUCAGAGCCAUAGAUCCCACUUCUGUUGCUUCUGGGAAUUCUGUUGGGAAUUCUAACCGCCUGGAGUCGAUGAUGCAGCAGCUCCUCUCCGCAGCACGGACACAAGCUACCCGACUGACCAAGCUGGAGACCAGCUGCUUACGCAGCCCAGGAGCUGGGAUAGCGAUGACUACAGAAGCUGAAGAAAAGGUCACAGCACAAAAGGUGGCUUUAGUCGGGGUGCUGACUGCACUGGAACAGACGAAGGUGGAGCUGGGGGAGGUGCUGAGGUCAUUGGGGCAAAGAUACCUACCCGCAGGUUGUGAGAUGGCGCUCCUCAACCCCAUGCGUUCUACUCAAAUCUACACCUCCGUCAGACCUGAGAGCCCUCUCUCCGUCUCCUCCUUCACCGUGUGCAUGUGGGUGAAGCCGACCGCUGUUAGCAACAAAACCGUGCUGUUUUCCUACGGAAACCGCCGCAACCCAUAUGAAAUACAGCUGCUGCUCGGUCAGACCUCUGCGCUCUUCACCAUCGGAGGAGAGGCUCACCUGGUGGAGGCACGAGGUGUGGUGAACGGAGGCAAAUCAGAGUGGAUCCACUUGUGCGGGGCUUGGGCGUCCGAUCAGGGCCUGGCGUCCCUGUGGGCAGGUGGGAAAAAAGUGGCCUCCACACCCGGAGUGGCUGAGGGGCACGUCUUACCCGACGGAGGUUCCCUCCUGCUGGGGCAGGAGAGGAACGGCUGCUGCACUUCGACCGCUCCAUCUGGCAACAUUGUGGAAGGGUACGAUUCCAAGCUGGCGUUCGCUGGAAAGAUGACAGGAGUGAACAUGUGGGACAGGGUGCUGUCAGAGGACGAGAUUUCCCAGCUGGCUUUGCGGGAGGGCAAGGGCUGCGAGCAGAGGGGGAACCUGGUGGCGUGGGGAGUGACGGAGAUGAUGCCACAUGGAGGCGCUCAGUUCAUCAACUAACAGAUUCCUUGAGGUGGAAAUUUUCAUCAGCACCGUCAUCGUGAAUAUCAUCAACAUCGCAACUUUUUUUUUCAACUGCUUUUAUCAUAUUUGUUCCUAAAGUUAAAUAUUUAGUUAUUUUAUUCAUCAUCUUCAUCGCUAUUAUUAUUAUUAUUAUGAACAUUAACGCUGCAAUGAACUUUACUGGAAAUGUUUAAAUGAGAGAAAGCCAAUGCUGUGAGAGACUGAAGUGUAUUUCUGUAACCUUUUGAUCUGAGGCCAUAACACACACACACACACACACACACACACACAUACACUCACACUGAUGUAUAUUCAUCUUAGAAAACUUGUAUUGUAGCAGGAGAAGUGCGGCAUUUACCAAAGACUCGAUUAGACUGCAGGAGAGACAAAGAGUCUAUUGUUAAAGCGAACGGGUUCUGAGCCAGUAAAACAGAGCAAUCAGCAGACAGACAUGCAAGAGAGGAAAACAAGAGGUCACAGAAAAUCACAAGAGAUUAUCUUGUGACUGUUGAAUGAUGCAGUUUUGAAACUAACUUCUCUCUUUCUAUCUAUAUUUGUACAUAAAUAACUAGUGCAGUUAAUCAGUUAUCAAUGCAAAACCUGUUAAUAUAAUAAAAUAUUUUGUUUUCUA